AUGUCAGUAGGCUGGCCAGCUGCCAGUGCCUUGGUCAAAGGCAAGGUGUUUAAUGAUCCCAUCCAUGGCCACAUCGAGUUACAUCCACUACUUGUCAAGAUCAUAGACACCCCUCAGUUUCAGAGACUACGAAAUAUCAAGCAGCUUGGGGGCGGUUAUUUUGUUUUUCCAGGAGCAUCGCACAACCGCUUUGAACACUCAAUAGGGGUGGGGCACUUAGCAGGAGAACUUGCAAAAUCUCUGAAGCUGAAACAGCCAGAACUCGACAUCAGUGAACGAGAUGUCCUUUGUGUGCAAAUUGCAGGUCUCUGUCAUGACCUGGGACAUGGGCCUUUUUCCCAUCUGUUUGAUGGAAUGUUCAACCCCGAAGCAGACCCAGAACAUAAAGACUGGAAGCAUGAGGAUGCCUCUUUAGAGAUGUUUGAUCAUUUGGUGGUGGCGAAUAGUCUGGCACAAGAGAUGGAGCGUUAUGGACUGAUAUUCCCAACUGACCUGAAGUUUAUCGAGGAGAUGAUUAAACCUCUAAAGAGUGAUGACACUGAGGUACUGGUCAGUUACUGUCUGAAUAUUAUGAAACCAUUCGUUAUUGUCUCUUGGCUGUGUGAAGGUCGAGAUGAGAAUAAAUCCUUUCUCUAUGAAAUUGUGUCAAACAAGCAAAAUGGGAUUGAUGUGGACAAGUUCGACUACUUUGCCAGGGACUGCCACCACCUGGGCAUCCGGAACAACUUUGACCAUCAACGCUUCAUCAUGUUUGCCAGGGUGUGUGAUGUGAAUGGGAGGAAGCACAUUUGCUCUAGAGACAAGGAAGUGGCAAACCUGUAUGACAUGUUCCACACAAGGAACUCUCUCCACAGAAGAGCCUACCAGCACAGAGUAACCAAGAGUGUAGAAAUUAUGAUCAAAGACGCCCUCUUGAAAGCAGAUCAGUACAUCCUGACUAAAGGUUCAGGAGGAACAACGCUCAGUCUCUCCAAAGCUAAAACUGACAUGGAAGCCUACACAAAACUGACAGAUCAAGUGAUUGAAAGGAUACUCCACCCUUGUUCUUGUUCAAAUGAAUUCACUCCCUCUCCUCUGGAGGAAGCCAGGAUAAUUCUGCAGAGGAUCAUGUCUCGAGACCUGUACCAGUUUGUGGGUGAAACCAAGCUGGUGCUGAUGACGGUGCAGAAGCUAAGGUGUGGACCAAAACAACUGUACCAAGACCCUUUAGCCCCAUCAGAUGAUCUCAUGACUCAUCGAGUGACACCGCUGACCAGUCAAUCGGUGGCAUGCGAGAGAGAUAUUCAUGUGACUCUUCUCUCCCUUUCUCAGCUCAAGAAAGAAGACCAAGAGGAAAUAAAAAAGAUGAAGGACAGCUUGGAAAAUGAACUGGUUAAAGUCAUUCUAAAAGACAACUUUGAAAUUACUGUUGUCACUUUGGACUAUGGGAUGAAAAACAAGGACCCCAUCAAUACCACAUAUUUCUACACUAAGGCUAACCCUACUGAAGCAUUCAAGAUUUCCAGAGAACAGGUGUCCAAGCUUCUCCCAGUGUGCUUUGCUGAGAAGAUCCUCAGAGUUUACUGUAAGAACUCAGCGAGUCUGAGAGAUGCUAAGUUCUGCUUUCAAAGCUGGUGUCACGAAAAUGACUUUCUAACUGAGGAUCGAGAGAGAGCAACUCCAUGA